AUGCCCUUCGAGCCUGGAGGCAUCUAUGCGAUUCUAUACGAACUCCCACCGACCCGCCCCAACCGCCCUGCCCCCCUACAUUGGGGCCUCCUCAUUGCCACUCAUCCCGACGGGAUCAAUAGCGUUCGCAUUCACGUGAAACAACACGACGUAACCAGCUGGUACCGCGAACUUUCAUGGACUUACGAUGCGCUUCGGUCUUCAAAUGGCUUACGUUACAUCCGUCUGGGACACACGCGCAAUAUGUCCCACGCAAUACAGACAGUAGAAGCAAUACCAGUUCCAGAAAGUGCUCCAGGUAUUUUCAACUGCGUAUGCUGGACUAUGGAAGCGAUCCAAUCUCUCCACGUUGCUGGCUACAUUCAGCUCACUUCUGGUGUGUUGACCGAACUAGAACAGAUGAUACGUCAUAUCGGGAAGCAGGCGUUGGAGUCGAAACAUGCAGGGAUGUGGCGACUUGAUCAAAUUGUGGACGCGCAUUCUCGUUUACCCUGA